UUUCCAGCCCCAAAAUCGAGAAUGCCAAAACCCUCUAAAAACAGCCAGACCCUGCUUCUAAUUGAUCAACUGUGGGGGGCAGCAUUACACCCACCAGGGUACAGCCUGCCGGAAAACAUUAAAAGAAGAAGAAGACCCGGAAGUAAACAUCGGGAAGCGCUAGCAGCAUUUGCUUGUGCUCUGAGCGUGGUUUAUGUGCGCAUUGUUCAGAGGACGGAGGUGGUUUGUUUGGACUUUUGUGAGUUUCUGGAAAGAAAAGACUCUCAGAAUUCUCCGAAGAGUCCUAAAUGAGUGAAUACGUGUUGUAAAGACACGAAUAUGGCUGUGAUUGCGUGAAACUAGCAUAGGACUGCAGUGAAGAGAGGACUGCGGUGUGUCUGAGUUUGAGCGGAGUAUCGGAGCAGCUGCAGUAACCAUGUCUUCACUUCAGUCUCUGAGAGAGUUUAUCAGCGAGCGACUAGCAGCUGCUGCUGAAGAAAUCUUCAGACAGUUUGAAGGAACCAUCGUCCAGUACGAGCAGGAGCUCUGUCGUCAGCGCAGACUGCUGGAUAUCUGCUGGAAACCACAACUUCAGCUGCACCACACAGUCCUCCCCCAGCAUUAUGUGAGUGGAAAGGAGGAUCUCUGUGAUCAACGGAGAAAGUCCAGAGUGGAUCCAGAAUCUCCACAGAUUGAAGAGACACAAGAGGAACAAGAAUCUCCACAGAUUGAAGGGAUGCAAGAAGAACCAGAACCUCCACAGAUUAAAGAGGAAGAGGAAGAUCCAGAACUUCCAAAGAUGAUGGAGGAAGAAGGGUUCUUCAUCAGUCAGUAUGAGAAGCAGCUUGAUCUGAAGCAGGAAAUGUAUACGUCGAUGGAGGCUCCUACUUAUGAACAGAGUGAAACAGAUCUAAACAAUCAGCACAGCUUUAAUAUAACUAGUAGUCAGGAUGAAGAAGAAAGUCAACAUCAAGAGUCAUCAUCAUCAACUACAGAUGAAGAGACGGAGUCACAGAACAAAGAUCACAGGAAGAGAAGAAUCAGAAGUCGUGUCCGAAACAUUGAGAGCUCUCACAUGUCAGAAAGUCAGUGUGACUCCGAAAAAACUUUAAGAGAACUCAUUUCAGAGAGAGGCCUUUGUCUUGUAAAGAAUGUGGUAAAAGUUUUGGUCAAACAUCUUAUCUCAAAGCACACAUGA